AUUAAUAACCAUGAUAUUAUGUCAUAGAUGCUUACAAUGUAAGCCCUAUAAAUAUCCCAAACAGUUCCUCAACUUUUCAGUAUAUAGUUAUAUCAUUAACGUGAAACAAUGAAGGAGGUUCUGUUCUAUAUUUUACUAACACUGAUCGGCAAGGUGUAUACCUUAUUUCCUUCAAAAACCUACGAAGCUCGCUUUAUAUCGUUCAACGCAUCGAGCGAUGAUAUUUGUGAUUUUAGUCAAAUGCGAUUUUUAGGACGAGAAAAUAGAGCAAACGGCACUGUCGAAUUGAAGAAAGAUUUGUCAAAUGAACUCUAUUCAGUUUCCGCUGAAUCUUACAUCGAUUCCAAUGGCGAUGGCGAGUAUAAACUUUUGCCAUUUUCGGUUCCCCAGCAACCCAUCUGCGGGGCCAUGGAAUCAUAUUGGUCGUACGUUGAUGCAACUUUGAAGUACGAAGUUAACACUAACUUUCCCGUCCACAUACGUCCAUGUCCGGUGCCAAAGGGCGUAUACUAUUUUAAGGAUGUGCUGAUCAAAACUGAUGAUUGGCCUGUGGUAAUGCCACGGGGAUAUUUAAAGGGUGUAGCCACCUUGUUCAAGAAUGCCAAAUUUGUUGGCAGGAUUGAAAUUGUUUCGCAUAUUACGGACAUAGCUUAAUUUUAUUUUUUCCUUAAUAAAAACACUAUAAA